AUGUCGGCGGUGCUCCAUCAAUAUGACUACAUCUUUGCGAUAGCCACAAUCUUUUCCUUUCUCGAUGCCUGGAACAUCGGCGCGAACGAUGUCGCAAAUUCAUUCGCAACCUCCGUCUCCUCGCGGUCCCUAACAAUGAAACAAGCAAUGGUGAUCGCCUCCUUUGCCGAAUUCGGGGGCUCGGUCUCCAUCGGUUCCCGCGUAGCAGACACCAUCCGCAACAAAAUCAUCGACCCGCAUCUGUACGAUGACCGACCAAGCGUCCUCCUUCUCGUCAUGAUGUGUGCCAUCUUCGGGUCGUCGGUGUUUCUCAGCAUCGCCACACGCAACGGCCUACCGGUAUCGACGACGCAUUCCAUCAUCGGCGGCAUCGUCGGAGCCGCGACGGCGUCUAUUGGGAUUACCAAGGUGAGCUGGGGCUGGAACGGCGUGUCGCAGGUGUUCGCGGCGUGGGCCGUGGCACCGGGGUUAUCCGGAGUCCUCGGGGCGAUACUGUUCCUCAUAACGAAGAAGUUUGUCCUGACUAAGACGAACGCGGUACGAAAUGCGUUCUACACGAUACCGUUCUACACGUUUCUAACGUUUGGAGCGUUGACGAUGCUCAUGGCUUGGAAGGGCGUACAAACCCAAGUCGAACUUACAGCCGCCCAAAUCCUCAUCGCAGUAUUCUCCGUGGCCACCGGUGCCACGCUUCUCCAGGCAUUCUUUGUUCUCCCGUACCUCUGGCGCAGAAUCGUUGAUGAGGAUUGGGAGUUGAAAUGGACCAUGAUGUGGAGAGGUCCCUGGCUCCUUAACCGCCCGCCCCCGCCUCCGCCCCCUCUCGGUGUCAACAGGGUCAACAUCAAAGACUACUACCGCGGCCAUCUCACCGCCGACGAGCUAGCCUAUGUCCGGGCCUCUGAGUCCCUUCUCGAGUCGAUUCAGACAACAACCCAGACCCCAUCAGAGCUCUUCAAGGACGACCACCCCGUCCUACCGCCACCAGCGCUUGCUCUUCCCCAAACACCCGGCGCUGAAUCCCGCCGUUCUUCGGCAGACAUAAUCCCUCCCCGACCACCGGGCCCUUGGAGCAGCCUGCCCGUGAUCGGCUGGCGGAUCAACCGCGUCCUCCUCCGCGGACUCGAGAAAGACGUCAUCUCGAUGCAAAAGCGCAACGCGGUGCUAAGCUGGGAUAUCGAAGACAUGCAUUCCCGCGCGCCGCACUACGACAACCGUGCAGAAUACAUGUACAGCGCGCUACAAAUCCUCACCGCCUCGGCCGCGAGUUUCAUCCACGGCGCCAACGACGUGGCGAACAGCAUCGGGCCCUUCGCCACGGCUUACGACAUCUGGCGGACGGGAAGGGUCGAGACCUCCGUCGGGGUGCCGAUCUGGAUCCUGUGUUUCGGCGGCGGGGCCAUCGUGCUCGGCCUGCUGACGUACGGGUACCAUGUGAUGCGCAACCUGGGUAACAGGUUGACGCUCAUCUCGCCAUCGCGUGGGUUCUCGAUGGAGCUUGCUAGUGCCAUCACGGUGCUCAUGGCGACGAGGUUGGCGCUACCCGUAUCGACGACGCAGUGCAUUGCCGGCGCGACGGUGGGCGUCGGGCUUGCGAAUGGAGAUUGGAGGUGUAUUAACCUGCGCCUGGUGGCCUGGAUUUAUUUCGGAUGGUUCAUUACCGUCCCUGUUACCGCCCUGUUCUCGGGCUCGCUCAUGGCUCUCAUCCUCAACGCUCCAAGAUGGGAUCGUGAAUGA